AUGAAAUACGGCAAUUACCUGAAUCAGCAAAAGACGGCGUUCCCGGACGAGUGGCAGCCACACUUUAUUGAAUACGAUGCACUGAAGGCGUUUCUGAAGACGCGCAUGGUCGGCUGCAACGUGCACCUGUCAAGCUCGUUCCCGCGCACACACGUCUUCCAGUGGUCACCGGGCUCCGAUUCCGAGCCUUCGUUCGACGCCAUGCUGCACCAGCGCCUGGAGAAGGUCACCCAGCUGACACCCGCAUUUGUCAAGAUGCUGGAUGCCGACAUCGAGCGGAUCAACUCGUUCUUUGUCAAGAUCAAGGACGCGACCAAGGAGCGGAUCAACCGGGUGCUGGAUCCAAUGCAGAAGACAACAAUUGCCGAGUGCGAAGAUGCGCUGAAGGACCUGCUGCUGCUGGAGCGCUUUGUGUUCCUGAACUUCACUGCCAUUGCCAAGGCGCUGAAGAAGCACGACAAGUGGUCUGGCCUGCAGAUCCGCGAGCCCUACCUGAUGCGUACCUCGCAGCUGUCGUUUGUGGUUUCCACUUCCCUGCUGCGUCUGAAGCCGGAGCUGAUGAACCAGCUGGCUACAUUGCUGUCUCGGACACAUCCUGGCACAUUACCAGCGGUCCUCAAUGGCGGGCGCACCGAUUCGACAACCUCCACCCGGGUCGAAACGCCGUCCGGACUGCCCAAUACGUCGUUUGGCAUCAACAUCUCGCCCAAGCUCAGCCCACUGGUCGAUCUGCUGCAUGAAACGCAGACAGUCAUGAUCUCGCUGCGUGGCCCGCACGGCACCGACAUCAUUGGCGGAGUGCUGGGCUGCCUGUCCAAGCACAACUGCCAGAUCAUCGACUUUUCGCUCUCGCGGCUGCACCACGAUGUGACGUUUGGCGUUCUUGUGCAUCUGCACAACGGCGACGUCGACCUGUUCAGCGACUUGGCCGAGACUGCGCAAAAGUGGGACGGAACCCUGACGUUUGAUGUGCAGAACGCGCGACUCAAGGCAUCGGUGCUGAGUGGGCAGUCAGAGUACAAGCUGGACGAGGCUCCGUAUGCGCAGCGUGUCAAGUACAUUGCCACAGUGCUGAACGAGCGCGGGCUGGGACCCGAGUUCCUGAGCGCCUGGCUUAAAUGGCUGCUGAAGAAGAAGAUCAGCGUCGAGCAGAUGCGCCGGCUGGACAAGCACUCGGAGCUGAUGUGCGUCGAGUUCCGCCUCAGCGUGCCUGACACUCUGUCGCUGGAGGAGAUGAAGGCCGAGCUGUUCACUCUGAGCACCGGAUUCCAGACUGAUGUGGCUCUGCAGCCCGACAAUGUGUUCCGCAGACAGAAGCGCCUGGUCGUGUUUGACAUGGACUCGACGCUGAUCCAGCAGGAGGUCAUUGACGAGAUUGCGCGUGCCACCGGCAUCGAAGAGGAGGUGUCGGCCAUUACUGAGAGUGCGAUGCGUGGAGAGAUCGACUUCAAAGAGUCGCUGCGCCGUCGGGUUGCGCUGCUCAAGGACACGCCGAUUGAGGCACUAGAGGAGGUCAAGCGGCAGCUGGUGUUUACAGAAGGCGCGCACUACCUGUGCCGUGCGCUGAAGAAUGCCGGAUUCAAGCUGGCGGUCAUCUCUGGCGGGUUCAUUCCGCUGGCAAAGUACGUCAGGAACGAGCUCGGAUUAGACUAUGCCUUUGCCAACCAGCUGGAGGUCAGCACUGACGGGAAGCGGCUGACGGGUCGGACCGUGGGACCGAUUGUCGAUGCGGUCCGGAAGUCAGAACUCCUUGAGGUUAUUGCCCAGGCCGAAGGCAUUGCCAUCGACCAGGUUGUUGCUGUUGGCGACGGUGCCAAUGACCUGCUCAUGCUCGGCAAGGCUAGCCUGGGGGUUGCGUUCAAUGCGAAGCCCAAGGUGCAGCAGGAAGCACGUGCCCGGAUCAACCAAAAGAGCCUGGCGAAUGUAUUGUAUCUGAUGGGCUACUCGCAGAGUGAGGCUGCCGAACUCCAGCUGGUCGGAUAA